UCCGCUGCGACUACCGGCUGUGGUGUGACUGCCCGUCUCCGAGAGAGGGAUACUCUGCAUGGAAGGUUAACCGUAAAGAUCAACGCCGGAGCCGUACAGAGGAAGCUCCAUGGUGUCUGUUGGACUGCUGGGGUCUCCACAUUUUCUAACUUGUGCAAAACAUGUGGUGUACUUAUGCUGAUGGUGUGUUUUAAGUGGGUGUUGGUGGAUGCAAUGGAUCCCUGUCCAAGAUUUUCAAUAUAUAAAGUUGUAUUUAAAUCUUCCGCAGCCCUUUGUUGUGUUUUACUGUUAUCACUGUCUCUUUUAAAAAUACCUUUAGCCCUACACUUUUCAUAGGUUGGAUCAGAGUACCUUGGCCAGUGAAGGCGUCAUGUGUCCAGCCUGCCACAGACUGACUUCAGAAACAAAGGAACACUCCCUUGUGAUGUCUCAGUUCAGUAUGCGCAGUGAGCAACCAUUAGCAGACCACAUCUGGCAUCCUCUGCUCCCAGCUUUGAUCCUUCUUUGUUUUACACAGCACUCCUCGCUCAGACUUUCCAAAUAAAACGGAUCCAGCUGUGUGCGGCUGUGCGCCCUCCGUGCGUCACUCUGCUCUGCUGCUCAGUGGACGAGGCAGACACCACAAGGAGAAGGAGAAGGAAGGACAGAGGAAAGAUGUCUGCGAUCAUGCUUCUGUCGGUGUCUAUGAGUUUGUGCUUGUUGUGGGUGAGCGGAGACUCGGUGCGGAGCGGGACCCUGAUCCUGCGGGACGCCUUGGAGCGGGGUCCGGCCAGUCUGAACGACAUGUUCCGAGAGGUGGAGGAGCUGAUGGAGGACACUCAGCACAUACUGGAUGAGGCUGUGGACCAGAUAACUACAGAGAGUGCAAAGUCAUCUUUAACGUCGCUGGAUUUACUUCCUAACUACCACAACCAGACGAGCAGGACGAAACAGGAUGGAGACAGACAGGUUCAGAUCCUCGAUAGAGUCGAUAAGGAAACAAAUAAUAAAACAGGAGAGAGUCGUCUUUCACACACACACAUGGAGACGUCUGGCCCGUGGAACACAGUGAAUCAUGAAUGCAUGGUGGACGAGGACUGUGGUGAUCUGAAAUACUGCCUGUAUGAGAUAGAGAACUCUAAGUGCCUCCCCUGCAUACCAACAGAUAUGCCCUGCACCAAAGAUGAGGAGUGCUGCUCGGAUCAGAUGUGUGUGUGGGGCCAGUGCACAGUCAACGCCACCAGAGGAACAGAGGGGACUAUCUGUCAGGGUCAGAGUGACUGCAGGGCAGACCUCUGCUGUGCCUUUCAAAGAGAGCUGUUGUUUCCAGUGUGUAAUCCCAAACCAGAGAAGGGGGAGUCCUGUCUGAGCAACCCCAACCUGCUGAUGGACAUGCUCGCCUGGGACCAGGAGGGUCCCCGUGACCACUGUCCCUGUGCUGAUGACCUCCAGUGCCAACCUCAAGGACGUGGAUCUGUUUGUGGAGAGUAGCACUGGAGAUGGAGAGAGCAAGAGGAAAAUAUACACAACCCUUUCAAGGAGCUGCACUAACAUCUGCACUGUGCAUGAACCAAAGAGCAGCCGACCAGACCGGUGCUUCAGGGCUGGACUUGCACUGUUUUAUUUAUGCCUUACAAACAAUAUUUGGGAUAUAUCUUUAUGCAAAUAAAAGACCUGUUGUCAGUUUGGACUGAGAA